UAAACAUAAACAACAUCAACUCGAAAGCUUAUUUUAUUUCUUAUUAACAAAAAAUAUUAUGCUAAACAACAAUUACUACAAAUGAAUUUUCUAAGCCGUGGAUGUUUACCAAACUGUAGAGUUAUUCAAUUCUGGGGUACUUCCACCAGAGAUGUUUUAAAGUUAACGGCUAUUUCUGACGGUACGCACCGCGAUGAUAAUAGGAAGCUAAAGAAGUGGAGCCAGAGCAACCCUCACCGGGGCUCCGGUCCACCACUGUGGACGCAGGUGCGGCGCUGCUCCGAUCCCCGGCCCAGCCCGCUGCACCGCGACAUUCCGCACCCAAACUUCAACAACUACAGGAAGAACCAGUUCAAGGACGUCAACAGGAGUGAAUUCGGGCAAGGAGACGAGAAGAAAGGCUCUUCGUACGCGCUCACGUGCUUCGGCCUGAUGGGUGCGCUGUACGGAACGAAGGCACUGGUGAUCCACUACGUGACCUUCAUGGGCGCGGCGGCCGACGUGCUGGCGCUCGCUACUGUCGAGAUCGACAUCUCCAAGAUCGCGGCCGGCGGCUGCCUGUCCUACAAGUGGCGCGGCAAGCCCGUGUUCAUCAAGAACCGGCUGCCGUCCGAGAUAGAAAUAGAAGCGAGCACGCCAAUGAGCGCGCUGAAGGACCCGGUGCCUCCUGAGGCCAUGCUGAAGCGGCCCGAGUGGCUGGUGGUCAUCGGCAUCUGCACGCACCUCGGCUGUGUCCCUAUCCCCAACAGUGGGGACUUCCCCGGCGGCUUCUACUGCCCCUGCCACGGCAGCCACUACGACAACGUCGGCCGCGUCAGGAAGGGACCUGCACCUAUUAAUCUGGAAGUGCCGAGUUACGAGUUUCUAUCAGACACUCUACUUAAAGUUGGAUGAGGUGUUGUUAUUUGAGUGUGAAUAAAUAGUAUAAUUUAA